GCGUCCGUGAGGGUUUAAGUCGGUGAAACAAGGGAGCAACAGAAAACGAUACGAAAAAUUUCAAUACAACAGAGGACUGAACAAACAAUCAUGGAAAACAAAAUUGCUAUAGGAGUUAUAUGUACACUAAUUGUUGUGAAUUGGGUGUUUGUUGAAAAUGCUUGCCCGUCACAGUGUCAGUGCUCCAAUAUUUCUGCUAUCUGUCGUCCAGGAAUAAGCAGCUUCCCUUCUGGUCUACAAUCAGAAAUUAUCAAUUUACAUCUUAGUGGCACCUUUGCCUCUAAAAACAAUAUACCAUCAAUUGAACGUGCUCACUUUUCGUCUUUACCGAAUUUGAAAAGACUUUAUAUUGCCUUUAGCAAUGUGGAAUCCAUUGCAGAUGGCUCUUUACCGCCAUCUUUGAUUACACUGGACCUUUCCUUCAACAAACUUGGAGAAAUUUCAGAAAAUACAUUUAAAGGAUUGAAAUUUCUUAAAACGUUGCAUUUGUCUGGAAAUAAUGGAACUGAAAUAGCUCUCUCUGCUUUCAAGGAUUUGACCAAACUUUCAGAACUAUACCUCGCAGAAAUGGGUUUGACAAAGCUGGACAAACGCUUGCUUAAUCCUCUGGGUAUGUUGAAGACUUUGGAUCUUCAUGGAAACCAUAUCAAACGCCUGGACUGGAGUUUUACCAAGACCAGCAAUAACCUAGCAUACAUAGACAUAUCUGGGAACUUGUUUACCGAACUAUCAAAUUCAAGCGUCUUAACAUUACCCAAAAUCAAGACUUUGCGUUUAGACGGAAAUGAGUGGCACUGCAAUUGUGCUUUAGAAUGGGUAAAGGUACUUCCAAGUCCGAUGCCUGAAUCCGUAGUUUGUACCACACCAAACUCUCUGCAGUAUUAUUCCAUUGUGAAUGUUCCUUCUUCACAGUUAACAUGUGUACCUGCAUCAGUUAGCUGUUCUUCGACAACAUUUACUGGUAAAUAUCACACUCAGAUGGAGGUUUCCUGCACACUUGGAGGGGAUCCUUUUCCAGAUAUCAUCUUCACAAGACCCGAUGGCACAAAACUGGAAUAUUAUAACUACGAUGAAACAAACUAUGUAGUGUCUGAAACCGGUGUCCUUACAAUAAAAUCUCUAGAUGUCGUAGAUGACGGAGAAUGGAAACUUGAAGCCAAUAACGUUAGAAAACAGAACGAUGUGAGUCUGACCGUGACAGUAACAGACAUCCCGACUACCACUACCACCACAACUACCACAACCACUACCACCACUCCUACCACCACAACCACCACCACUCCCACCACCACCACCAGUACCACCACCACUCCUUUACCGACCACCACAACUACCACUCCUACCACCACCACCACAACCACAACUCCCGCCAAAACCACAAGUAAACCAACAACCACCACAACAUCUACUCAAAAACCGUCUACCAAAAAGACCACACCAAAACCACCAGUACAAGACAAAACCACACCCAAACCUAAGGAGGAUAUGUUCUCAAUGAACACGGUGUACAUGAUGAUCGCCGCGGCGGGGGGAAGCGCUUUCAUUACCUCAAUGAUUUGUCUUGUAAUACAUUGCUGUACGAGAAAGAAGAAACCACCCAUGCCAGAAAAGAAACCGAAACAAGAUCUUUUCGACACUGUCCGGAAUUUAACUCCAAGACGCACUCGAAGGGUUCAUAAUAUUGGCAAUUAUGGAGAAUACGAUUGUGCUGAUCAGACAGUCCCCGGUACAGGGUUCACAGUGGGUGCUGUAAGGUGUAUCGCGUGGACUAAACUGACAGAGUCAUCCUACUCCUAUGUCGUCUACAAUGAUGUGGAUAAUGUAAAUGGAUAUCGAGUAAAACUCGCAACCACCCCUUUAUCUUCCGACCUGCAGACGAGCUGUAGUCCUAACAGCAGUCCGUCAGCGGAGGAAUUCCACAUUCUCGUGAAAACUGGUUCUUCCUCAUUAGCUUCUGUAGAGUGUCCUAGAAUUAUUCAGGGAAAGUGGGAGUAUGAGCAUCAGAAUAAUGGCGCUACUUCCUGUCGCGCAAGCUCAUCAUUAAACGCAUUCGUCCAGAAUGGUUCUAUGAUUUUGGCGAGCGACAGUGCAGGAAGCUGUAACGCCGGUCAGACGCCAACAACUCAACAGACAGACGGGUCAGGUACUCUCAGAUUGACCAAAUCAGGUGACUGUCCUGUAACGGAACCAGGCAGUGGACAGACGGAAGUGAUCAUCGGGUCAGUCAUCGGUGUCAUCGUUUUUAUCGUCUGUAUUAGCAUCGCAGUGUAUUUCGUCAUCCGCCGCCAAAAACUAAAACAGUCUGUGAUACAUGAAGAUGGGGCAACAGGACAGCGGUCUCAUCACAGUCCAAACGAAGCUACAGAAAUUACCCUCCUUAAAUACACAGGGAUAUUGCCAACGAAGCAGCCUCAAUCAGAUACAGAGAAACCGACGAAUGUUAUUGAUAAAAUCCUGGGAAUAUUUCAAUUCCAAUCUUCAAAGAAAACCAGAAUUGAUAGUGCCGUCAUGUUGGGCAGAUUGAGGAGCAGAAUUCACCCAGAUACACCAGAACCAGUAACUAAACUUACAGUUCAGCGUGACGAGGCUGCUCUGGGCCUAGACCAACCUCUGAAUGGGAUGUGUCCCAACUGUAGACAGAUUGAAUGUUUCUGCAAUCCAGACAGAGAAGACGGAUUAGGUGCCGGGAAGACAGACAAUAUGGAUAACGUGACAAAUGGUCCAUAUGAAAGCAACAGUGAGAUUUCAAACGAUGGAGAUAUAGAAAGAAAUCAGACAAAAAUCACUAAAGAACAGAGAGAUAAGGAGAAAACAACAAACAUUUCAGAACCUUCUCUCCCUGACACUUUCACUGAGACAGAAUCAGCUCAAGCAAAUAAUUACGAAUUUGCCCAAAAAGAUAAACGUCCUGGAGUCAACAUUACAAAAAUCGUAGAGGACGAAGAGGAAAACCAUCUGAAUGUAUUACUCAAUGAACGGGGUCCAAAAGAGUUUGAUGACGAAAAAGAUCAUCACACGGACUCUACUUCCGGUGCUACACAGAUUAGAGAUAAGUCUGAAAGAGACAACGAACCGCAAUUCGAUGUUAAUGCCGGAAAUCAGAGGACGGAAAACAGAGAUCCAGGGAAAGGGAAAUCAUUAGAAGAUUCAACUUUCCCCGAAAAACAAAACAUUACAGAUAGACAGACAGAUGCCAAGAAUGAUGAUGAAAGCAAUGCAUCAAAUGUCAGUAAACUUAGUGAAUCUUUAGCGAAAAAAAUGCAUCCUAAACUCUCAGGGGUAAAGCUUAAUUUAUCUCUAAGUUCUAACCAAAGGACACCAAAAAUUAGCCAGUCUGAAACAUUUAAUUCCGAGAAACUCAUAUUUGAAAUAAACAAUGACGACGCAACUGAAAUGGCACCAGGGGCUAAACAGGAAAGGAAGAAAGGCUCAAUUCUUCUUACAGAUUUUGCAAACUCCAAAAGCGGACAAAAGACAGUCUCAUUUGAUAUGUAACAGGCAGACGGAUGUUUGCCUUGCGGUGGAUAUGGUCUAAAAUUUUUGGUAAAUUAUUAAAUAUAACUUUUUAGCAUUUUGAGGUGAGGAUAUGUCGGCUUCCUUUGAUGCGUGUCCAGGGGUCGAAAUUUCGGACAACCUUACAAGGUCACACCCAACUUACAAACGAGUUCAUCUGACCAGGGCGACUACUAUAGACAAGUACUUACCACACCUGUGGAAAACACCGCGUCAUCGACAGGUUAAAUCAAAAAUACAAAACUAAUCGUUUAGAGAUGUAUUCUAAGACCUUUAUACUCAUUGAUGUAGGGAUGACAAUUCAAAAGGGCGAUCCAAUCAGGCGACAAUACAUUCACCUUGAUAACCUGUCAUUAGCACAAAAUAACACUGG